AUGAGCAGCUGUACUAUUGAUGCUGAUCUGAUAUCCCAAUUGCCUGACCACAUUAUACACCAAAUUCUCUCUUUUCUCCCAACAAAAGAUGUGGUUCGUCUUAGCGUCUUGUCCAAGGAAUGGUAUGGCUUUUUUACUUAUUUCCCCAUAUUUGAUUUCUCUAAUUCGUAUUUUGGAAUUGAUUAUCAAGAUUACUUUAUUAAGGUGGACAGGACACUCGAAUUCGUUAAGUUUGUCUACACUUCUUUGCUUAGACAGUCCUUACACAGCAGAAACGUACCGAAAUUUGAGUUGUCUCUCACUCGUAAAUCAAAGUAUAUCAGCUGUACCACACCCCAGUUGAAGCAUAAACUUACUGUUCUUAUUAAUCGUUGUAUAAGACUCGGUACGCAGUACGGUGUUAAGGAACUUGCUCUUGAAUUUCCUUAUGAUAACUAUUAUUAUCGGUUGCCGAAAGCCAUAUUCUUCUCUGCUAAACAAUUGGUUGUUUGCAAGUUAGCUUAUUGUAGUAUUGAUGCUCCUACCAUAAAUUUGCCUUCUCUGCGUGAGCUUUCUCUGAAAGUAGUUUAUCUUUGUGACCAAAGGAUUAUUCACAAUCUCGUCUUUACCUGCCCUUUCAUCGAGAAAUUUACUAUAGCUCAUUGCUCUGGGUUAGAUUACCUUACACUUUCUGGUUUCACAAAACUAAAGAAGGUUAAGGUUAGGGGGAGAAGUCCAAAUAAGAUUGAGGUUGAUGCCCUUAGUCUUCAAAAUUUCUUUUUUUCAGUUUUUGGUGAAGAUACUGAGAUUAAUAUAAUUGCUUGCAAAAAUCUGGAAGUCUUGAAAAUUAAGAAUAGUAGCCUUACUGUGGGAGCAAUUCAAGAUCUUAUUUCAAAAUUUUCUGCACUUAAGGUUUUGGUUUUGGACUUCGAUAAGGUUUGGGACUUGGAUGCUAAUGAAUUUGAGAGUAUCAAAAUUUCAAACCAACGGCUUGAGAAGUUAAAGCUCUGUUCCGAUACGAUGGUGGAAACUAUUAUUGAUGCUCCACGGUUGAAGUCAUUGAAAUAUUUGCUUGGAAAAAUCCCAUCUUUGUUUUCUGCGAGCACAGCAAGUUUACUUGAAGUUGACAUUGUAUUACUUCGUCAUUGUAGACUCCUUGAAUUGAACAAAUUUCUUAAGAAUUUCAACCAAGUUGAGCUUGUCAAUUUGUACAUUCCUUAUCAUAUUUCUUGUGGCUUCCCCGAAAUUGUCAGCAAUAUCUCCAGUUCAAUUAUCAAUCAUUUGGAGCUCAACAUCAACUUAAACAAUGUAGGUGAUCAUGCAAAAGUAGAAGCAGCUGAAGAAGCUCUUGUGAAUGGUUUGUUUUGGGCAUCUCAUCCAAAAUCUUUAUUGAUUGGGUCUGGCUGGGAUACGAACAAUGAAUUCAUGAAGUUUCUUUGCAAGAAACUAGUGCUGAGAGAGAAAGAGCAACUUUGUUGUGCAGCUAGUAAAGUAAAAUGUUGGCUGCAUGAGUUAAAAGGCGUCAACAUCGAGCAUUGCAGAAGAAAUGGAGAGAGAAAGGUCCUUGCAUGCGAUGUUUUGUUAGAUUCACUGGAAAAUCUUGCUCCUCUUGCUCUAGAUGAGAAGAUUUACUUUGUAUUCCAAUGGUAA